UACCAACUCAUUCAUCAGUUCAUAAAAAAAUCUCUCCAUAUAUCUCCUUUGCGACUACUUUGAAUUACAUCCAAAUUAGAUUCUUCAUCUUAAUUAAGCUAUUAAGAUGGAGGAAGUAAAGAAGAGGGAUUGUAUGGAGAAGGCAAGACCAUUCAUUUCGAUGGUGGUGUUGCAAGUAGGACUAGCGGGAAUGGAUAUUCUCUCAAAGGCUGUCCUAAACAAAGGCAUGAGCAAUUACGUCCUUGUUGUUUACCGUCAUGCUGUUGCUACCGUCGUUAUGGCUCCCUUCGCCUUCUACUUCGACAAGAAGGUGAGACCAAAGAUGACACUGAUGAUAUUCUUCAAGAUUUCACUCCUUGGUUUACUCGAGCCAGUGAUCGAUCAGAACUUAUACUAUCUAGGGAUGAAAUACACUACGGCUACAUUUGCGACCGCCAUGUACAACGUCCUACCCGCAAUCACUUUUGUCCUAGCCUAUAUAUUCGGGCUCGAAAGAGUGAAGCUACGGUGCAUCAGGAGCGCGGGUAAGGUGAUUGGGACCUUGGCUACAGUUGGAGGAGCCAUGAUCAUGACACUUGUUAAAGGCCCGGUUCUUGAUCUCUUCUGGACCAAAGGAAUCUCUUCAAAAAACACAGCCGGGACUGAUAUUCACAGCGCCAUCAAAGGAGCAGUAUUGGUCACAAUUGGUUGUUUUAGCUAUGCUUGUUUCAUGAUUCUUCAAGCGGUCACACUGAGAACUUACCCGGCCGAGCUUUCUCUCACAGCAUGGAUAUGCCUAAUGGGGACACUAGAAGGAACGGUCGUGGCAUUAGUGAUGGAGAAAGGGAAUCCUAGUGCUUGGGCCAUUGGUUGGGAUACUAAACUUCUUACCUCCACCUAUAGUGGGAUAGUAUGCUCAGCAUUGGCUUACUAUGUUGGAGGAGUGGUGAUGAAAACUAGAGGUCCUGUAUUUGUAACAGCUUUUAGUCCUCUAUGUAUGAUCAUAGUGGCUAUUAUGUCGACCAUCAUCUUUGCAGAGCAGAUGUAUCUAGGAAGGGUUCUUGGUGCGGUUGUUAUAUGUGGAGGGUUAUACCUUGUGAUAUGGGGAAAAGGCAAAGAUUACAAAUAUCAAACCACACCGCUAACAAAUGAUGAAUCAACACAACCAAAGCUACAACUAAGCGGAAUUGAGAAGGAUAAUACUGAUCAUGAAGUCAUUACAAUCAACAAGGAAGGAGAACAAAGAAGAACAAUUGUAGAUUCAGUCUAACUCAACGACACAAAUAUUUUCAUGGAGGAGUCAGAACGUAUAACAAUUUCACUAGUUUCCACUAUAUAUGUAUCAGAGAAACUGAAGAAAAGAAAUUGCUAACUACCAUGGAGGGAAAGAAAAAAAAAACACUGUCCAAGCCGAAUAGAGUGCAAAAUUUAUAUAUGAUAAAACUAUGUGAUUCAUGCAGUUCUAUACAAUGAAUAUGGUAACUGAAUUACCAAUACAUUAGAAAUUUCUUGACAAUGAA